AUGCCGCCGGAUAAGCAGGCUCCCAUCCACAUAAUAAGAGCUAGAAGCAUAGACUUAAACAAUGCGCAUGGUCUUGCUAUGGAAACGCGCCUUGAUAAAGUCGUGGAGCCCACUUUUUACCGUCUGGACCUGGAACCUUAUCUCGAAGACGCACUCUUCAAAGGACAUGUAGCUAUCAACAUCACUUGGCUAAAAGAUAGCAAUGAACUUAACGUACACUGUGCUCAUGAAAUUGAGAUCUUGGAGUCUGAAGUAAAAGCUCAAUUCCCUGACCGUAAAGAAUUACAAGAAAUCACAAUUGAUACAUCAACCAUGGAUCCUAAAAAGCCUAUCAUAACAUUGUCCCUUAAAAAAACUGUUCCAAAAGGUUCAACAGGAGUUCUGAAGUUCAGUUUUAAGGGGAACAUGGAAACUGGAUCAACUGAGGCUUUCUUUAAAACUACUUAUAUGACUGAUCAAGAAAUAGAGAGGACUGUAGCGGCGACCCAACUUCGCCCGAACAACGCACGUCGUAUGUUCCCAUGUUUCGACGAACCUGGGUACAAGACACCCUUCGAGCUGAGCGUAGUAAGACCGAAGAAUAUGAUAGCUCUGAGUAAUGUGCCUGUUGCGAGGACAGAAAAGAUUCCGGACGAACCAGAUGCAGUAUGUGACCAUUUUGAGAAAACUCCUCCAAUGUCUACGUUCACACUGGGUUUAGUGAUUGCAGAUUUAAAGCAAUUGGGAGAAUCCGAUACAUACAAGGAUGAUAUCGGCAAUGAGAUUGAACUGCGAGUUUGGGGCCGUCCAGAAUACCUCGAAGCUCUUGAAGGUGUAAACGAAAAAUUAAUGCGAGUGUUCAAAGAGCUCGCCCAGUUUUGGCAGGUGCCUCUACCUCUACGCCGAUUGGAUGUUGUAGCCUUACCCAACUAUCAAGGAGUAAAGCCUGCCGACAACUGGGGCCUUAUUGUGUUCAGAGAGAGUGACCUGAGCAGUCGUGGCUACUUCCAGUUAACCCAGGAGUUAUCGUAUCAGUGGCUCGGCGCCUUUACUACACCAGCUUGGUGGUCGGAUGCACAUCUCAACAAGGCGCUUGUUGGUUACAUAGCUGCUGCUACAGCGUUUAAGAUAAACGACGGCUCAGAAAUGGAAGGCAAGUGGCCACUAACAGUCCUCUACUCUCUUUACUACGAGUUCAGCAAGCGCUAUCCACAUUCUCGCAUCACUGGGAUGAAGCAGGAGACCGCUUGUACGAAGAUUGAGCUACUGUUCCGUAUGUUUAACUAUACACUUGGAAACGACACUUUCAAGAAGGGGUUGCAAAGGUUCUUGGAGUCGCGUAAGUUCAAAACGUUCUCGGGUGAUGACAUUUGGAAUGCCCUAAAUACUGCGGCAUUGGAAGACAACAAAAUUCCCAAGGAGGUUGAUAUCAAGACGGUAGCUAAGAGCUGGAUCAACAAGGAUAGACUGCCUCUGAUUAAUGUUCGGAGACAAUAUGAUAGCAAGACUGCUCUCGUAACCCAAAAACUUUAUCUCCGCGAUCGUCCUCACGAUGUCCCUGAAGCAGCUAAAAUGUCUUGGUGGGUACCCAUUGUCGUCGUCCAAGAAGACACACUGGACUUGAAGAACAUCAAACCUGCUAUAUGGAUGAAGGAUAAUAAGGAAUUGAAGGUCAGCAGCAUGCCAGACAAAGACAAGUUUAUUGUUGUCAACCCUGAAGAAAUUGCUCCUUACCCAGUAAAUUAUGAUCAAGAGAAUUGGAUUCUUCUAUCAAACUUCCUUCAAAGUGACAAGCGACAGCAGAUGCCCGAACUUACUAGAGCGAAACUUCUACAUGAUGCUUGGAAUUUGGCUUACGCUGGAGAACUUUCCUUUGCUACUGCUUUCAAUAUGACUUUAUUCUUAAAGAAUGAAAGACAUCACCUGGUGUGGGAUCCGGUGUUUACAAUGAUCGAUCAUCUCGGAAGACAAAUUUGCCAAUGUUUGCAAGGGAAGUUCCAGGCCUACGUCAGAAUCCUGCUGAGUCCUCUGUAUGAAGAACUGGCCAAAGAUGAAAAGGAAGACGAAGAGCCUUGGAAGAAGAACUUACGCUCAUUUACGAAAUCAUUCCUCUGCAAAGCUGGUUACAAACCAUGCGUCAGGGAAGCACAGGAACAUUACAACAUAUGGAUGCAAGCUAAGAAUCCGGACGAAGGCAACCCUCUUGCCAACCAGUACAUUUGUCCAGUAUUCAGAUGGGGUACUCAGAAGGAAUGGGAAUUUGGAUUACAACGAGUCAUCAACUUCCCCUCUUCAAGAAAACAAAGUGAACGGACCUACCUCUUGAAAACCCUAGCCGGAUGCCCCGAAACUGAAGCCAAGAUUGUCAAGAUCUUGAAUGUGACGAUGUUGGAAGGGAAUGGUAACUUUUCGGAGACGGACAUGUUCUUAAUAUUCAGUAUGUUGACUGGAUCAUCUGCGGGUUAUACGACGCUCUUCCAUUUCUUGAGCAACAACUGGGAUGUCUUGAAGGAAAGGUAUUCAAGUCGAACCAAUCUCUGGGACAAUCUUAUAACAUCAGCUACAUCUGCGUUCACAACCGAAGAAGGGCUUGACCUCGUCUCACACCUCUACGUCACGCACCAGGGAGAAUUUGGAUCCGCUGAGCAUAUCAUUGAGAAGUCUAUGAGGAACAUAAGGGAGGAAGUGACGUGGUCAGCUGAGAAUCUACCUGUAAUUGAUGCCUGGCUUGAGAAAUACCUCGCUGAUAACAAAGGCAAGGAUAACCAGUUCUACCAGCAUUAA